CCCCGCCCCGGGAGAGGCGGGCCUGGCCGCACGUAUUUGAGGCGCGGAGCCACCGCCCGGCGAGGACCUCACCGCCUCUGCCGGAGCCACCCCGCGGCAAACGAGCGAGUGAGGGCGUCGGAAAAUGGCAGACAGUUUUUCGCUUAACGAUGCCUUAUCUGGGUCUGGAAACCCAAACCCUCAAGGAUGGCCUGGUCCAUGGGGAAAUCAGCCUGGGGCAGGAGGCUACCCAGGAGCUUCCUAUCCUGGGGCCUACCCUGGCCAGGCACCUCCAGGCACCUAUCCUGGGGCCUACCCUGGCCAGGCACCUCCUGGGCCCUACCCUGGCCCAACAGCACCUGGUUAUCCUGGACCAACUGUACCAGGAGCCUACCCAGGGCAACCUGGUGGGUCUGGGGCCUACCCACCUUCUGGACAGCCAAGUGCUCCUGGAGCCUACCCUGCGGCCAGCCCCUUUGGCAUCCCUUCUGGACCACUGAAUGUGCCUUAUGACCUGCCUUUGCCUGGGGGAGUCAUGCCUCGCAUGCUGAUAACAAUUCUGGGCACAGUAAAGCCCAGUGCAAACAGGCUUGCUUUAGAUUUCAAGAGAGGGAAUGAUGUUGCCUUCCACUUUAACCCACGCUUCAAUGAGGACAACAGGAGAGUCAUUGUUUGCAAUACAAAGCUGGAUAAUGUAUGGGGAAAGGAAGAAAGACAGAUGGUUUUCCCAUUUGAAAGUGGUAAACCAUUCAAAAUACAAGUCCUGGUUGAACCUGACCACUUCAAGGUUGCAGUCAAUGAUGCUCAUUUGUUGCAGUACAAUCAUCGGAUGAAAAAUCUCAGGGAAAUCACUAAACUGGGAAUUUCUGGUGACAUCAAUCUCACCAGCGCUUCACACACUAUGAUAUAAUCUUAAAGGAGCAGAUACUUUUUUAAAAAAUGAAAUUUAAUGUAAACCUUACACAUUUAAAAGUUUCACGUUCAUUAUGAGUGAAAAAUCUUACCUUUAUUCAUCAGAUGUUCUUCUUGUAAAUCAUCCAUUUAAUAAAUAUUCUAAGAGUUA